UAAAUACCCUAAGCUUGUCAAACAAGCUUGCGAAGGAAAAUACUUUUCGCGCCUCUCUUUCGAUUUCGAAUCCCUCUCUCCAUCUUCUUCUCUUCCCCCUUUCUUCCUUCUCCCUCUUCUCACUCAAUUCCCCAAAUUUCCCACUGUUUUCUUCUCCACCAAGGUCUCGUUGUUGUGUUAAAAAUGGAGCAGCAGCGUCUUGAGAAAACAGCACAACAACAACAGGACCAAGAAACCGAAGAGAUUCAACACGGUCCUUUACCCGUCGAACAACUUCAGACAUCUGGUAUAGCUGCAAUUGAUGUUAAGAAGCUUAAAGAUGCGGGUAUUUGCACUGUUGAAUCUGUUGCUUAUACUCCCAGGAAGGAUCUUUUGCAAAUCAAAGGUAUCAGUGAAGCCAAGGUUGACAAGAUCAUUGAAGCAGCUUCUAAGCUGGUGCCUAUGGGUUUUACUAGUGCUAGUGAGCUCCAUGCCCAGCGAGAAUCUAUUAUUCAGAUAACCACUGGGUCAAGAGAGCUUGACAAGAUAUUAGAAGGUGGAAUUGAGACGGGUUCUAUCACUGAAAUGUAUGGUGAAUUUAGAUCUGGGAAGACUCAGUUGUGUCACACUCUCUGUGUCACUUGUCAAUUGCCACUAGAUCAAGGAGGAGGUGAGGGUAAAGCUAUGUACAUAGAUGCUGAGGGAACAUUUAGACCUCAGCGACUCUUACAGAUAGCAGACAGGUUUGGACUGAAUGGUGCUGAUGUAUUGGAAAAUGUCGCUUAUGCUAGAGCUUAUAACACGGAUCAUCAAUCACGGCUUCUGCUUGAAGCAGCUUCGAUGAUGGUUGAUACAAGGUUUGCUCUAAUGAUAAUAGACAGUGCUACUGCUCUCUAUAGGACAGAUUUUUCCGGAAGAGGGGAGCUUUCAGCCCGGCAAAUGCAUUUAGCAAAGUUCCUGAGAAGCCUUCAGAAAUUAGCAGAUGAGUUCGGUGUGGCUGUUGUCUUAACAAACCAAGUAGUCUCACAAGUAGAUGGUUCUGCAAUGUUUGCUGGACCCCAAACCAAACCUAUUGGAGGCAACAUUAUGGCUCAUGCAACUACAACAAGGUUAGCUCUCAGGAAAGGAAGAGGAGAAGAGCGAAUCUGUAAAGUGAUUAGUUCUCCUUGUUUGGCUGAAGCCGAAGCAAGAUUUCAGAUAUUAGGCGAAGGAGUUUCAGAUGUUAAAGACUAACCAUUUUUAGCAUUGUCUGAAACAUUGAAUUUUUUGUUUGUUUGUUUGUGUCUUUUUGCUAGUUGUAAAAGAUGAUUUGCAAGUAUCCAAUGUCUAGUUUUGCAAUAAUGUUCAA